CUGGUUGUUUUGAGACCGCACAUGUGUAUGUUGUGUUUUUGUAUGCGUAGUCGCGGUUAGCGACUUCAUGUACGUUAUUAACGAUAAUGUGUAGCAAAUAUCACCAUUAUGCGUCAACAGCAGACAUGUAAUGUGAGAGCGUAAUUCGAGCAACUAUUUCGUUGGAGCCUCCGGGAGUGUUCGCAUUCAUAUUCUGUCUGUUUGUUUCGCUUCACUAUGGCUACAGCGCGUACAUCUUUGAAUUGCACUCAGUCAAAUGGAAUUGCUGAAGUUUCAUCAGCAAAGUCACCCCACGUUGUCUCGGAAAACGUAACUAUGGAGUACAUAUCGCAGUAUCGCGAGUCUUCGGGGAGACCGAGCAAACAGGAUGAAGUGUCGGAUAAUAAGAGCCCAGCUGAUGCUGGAAUAGACUCUGGAGACGACCUGUUCAUAACUCAAAAGCCAGUACCUGAGCCCGUGAGGUCAAGAAGACAACGUUCUUGCAACCUGAGGUCUCCCAGAGACGGAGAGGAGGAUGAAAGUGAUUCUUCAUCGUCCUCUUCCAGAACUUACAAGAAGAGGAGUAAAAUAAAGAGAGUCACACUGCCAAAGUACAGCUUUCCCUUCCUCCCACAGAGGAAGAGGUCAAAGAAUCCUCAGUUUACUCGGCAGCUUACUACCAGGCAGAACAUAACCCUUCAUACUUUUUCAAUGGGAGGCUUCUUUCAAUGUGCCAGAGAGCUGGGGCAGGACAAUGACAAAGGAGAUGAUGUGCCGUCAUCUUUACCUACAGUGGACACGGAUGGGGAGUACAUAUCGCCAUUGUCAGAAGAAGAAGAAAGGUCAGAAAGUGUGGACAUCAAAGUGGUGGAAAGGAAAAUAUUUGUUGCAGCAUCAAAAGCAAAGGGCAUCCCACAGAAAAGCAACAGGAGCGUAAAAGGACAGAGAGGGAAAAGCAAUAAUGACAGACGAGGAAUGUCACUUGGAAGACAAAGGAAAACAGGACAAAAAAUACAGGCUGAGGAAUCCACAUUAAAGGAUAAGGCCAUGUUUUCAGAUACUGAGAGCUCUGAUGAUGGAGGUCCUUCUCGUGGAGCUCAGGCUGAAAAGAGGACCAGUCACACAAGUAUCCAGGCCCAAACUGAACCACCACACACAGAGAGACGUCUCACCAGGGCAAACAAGAGGUUGGCUGAAAGACAAGAAAGGGAAGAAGAGCUUUGUCACAGCAGUGAUGCUACAGUUGGUGAACUACCGGAGCUACAGAGAAGUCCAAGGUAUCGCACACUAAAUGGCUCAGAAGUAUCUCUGAAUGUAACAGAGCCACAAGCAGGUGUUUCCCACACAGAUCUGUCCCAGACAGGACAAGCAGAAGAAGAACCUGAAAGCCAAAGCCUUCUUCUUCGAAGUCUCCCACGUGACAUUGCUAAUGAUAUUAUGUACAGUGAAAUGGGGGGAGAGGAGAAGAAUAAAUCAAAAAGAGAUCAUGAACAUGUAGAAGAAACAUGCAGCCAGAGUCCGGAAGAGCCAGAGUGUCUUCCCACUGCAAGACCUGUCGACAUGUCCGAGGAGAAUCCUCUGCCAACACAGAUCAGUGAUGAGAUGGAGAUUAAUGACGAAAACGGGAGAGAGAAACUGGCGUCCCUCUCUGAUGAUGACGCUGUGAGACGCACUCCUGAUACAAAACAAGAAAAAAGGAAGAGAAAAAAGACAAAAAGGACAGCAGAUCAUCUAGGGCAGGAGGAGGAUGGAAUCGUGGAAUCUGAUGUGAGAGUGGAAAAGGACUCUCUGAGUUUAUUGACAAGUAACGAGGCAAACGGUGGCAAAAAGAAGAAGAAGAAGGAAAAGAGGCAAUAUAGUAAGGAUGACAAUAGUGUUGAGCCGCAACAGCCUGGCACAGUUUUAGAGCCUCUAAAUGACGAUGCUGACACACCAAGGAAAAAGAAGAAGAAGAAAAAGGAUAAAGAAAAGGAGAUUGUAAUUGUAGACGAAGGUGAAGAAGACGCACAACUGAGUGUGAUGGAGUUGGAAAAUAUUGAAUCUUCACAGGAAAGAUUGGCGAGUACUUGUGAAACGAAAAGAAAAAAGCACAAAAAGAAGCGGCAAACUCCUCCUGAUGAUGUUAUAGUGGAACCUGAAAAUGGUGAAGCUCUGUCUCAUGAUGCAACCUUGGAAGAAAGCCCGGCGCAGUCAGUGAAGAAGAAGAAAAAGAAAAAAAGGGAAAACCUCUCAGAGGAUGAAGCUAUUUCUUGCACGCCUGACCAAAAGGAAAAGCUUGAUGAUGCUGAUACUACACUGACAAUAACGGAAGGGCCUGACAUUGAGUAUACUGAACUGGUGACUAAGAAAAAGAAGAAGAAGAAGAAAAGUGAAAAAUCUUGCAGAAAUGUCACAGAAGACACCGUGACACAAAGCGACGGUUCUGUGUCUGCACGGAAAAAGAAAAAGAGGAGGGCCUCUUCCUUCCUCGAUGCUGAUGCAGAGGAAAAAGAUGCUCAGACACAUGGGGAACAAAGAAUCUCCUGAUUCAAAAUCUCUUGCUCCUGUGGGGUGGGAAAGCUCAGUGUCAGCACGAGUGCUGUUGAGACCGAAUCAGCAGAAAGAGCUGGAAGUUCAGCAGAAUCUCAUGUUGUGGUCAGGAAAAAGAAGAAUGCCGUGGCAAAAAUUGUCGUUAAGUGUGUGAUGAGGAAAUAAAGUUGGAGAAACAAAGUUGAUUGUUGAAGCGCCGUUUAUUGAGAGAGUCAAGAGUCAAGUUGAUGUAGUUUUAGAGCUGGCUCCUGCGUCAUGAGCUUAUCUGUGCAGCAGGAAAAGAUGGUCUUGGGUCCCCGGAACAGGCAGGAAUGGUCAGAUCAGUAAAAUCAGUUUUGUGUGGGCAUUGCUCAGUUUGCUGUAAGUGUUUUCCAUGAUAUUUAAGAGGAGGAAAGAUCCUGAGCAGGACUUUGAAGGAAAGAUUGACGUCAGAGUGCUCUUCAUGAAACAACUGACAAACUGAUGACGGACAUGUCCAAAUAUGCCUCACCGUCUUUAGACACACCUAAAAAAUCAGCAACAGAUGGUGGGAGAGACAAGACAAAGAAGAAAAAAAAAAUGAAAACCACUGAUGAUGAUUUUGAUCGGGCUUCAGACUUCACUGUCUGAAGCAUCGGCCUCAGAAAGAAUCAGGAAGGACAAUCCAUAUGAGGACUUAAGAUGAACUCACUACUGGGAUUUUGUGGAGAACUUUUUAACACAAAAUAACCCUUGUCGUCCAAGUGACAAAGGCUUUUUAAAACAGGAGUGCAAUCAGAUAGUGCCUGACCACUUAUAAGUACUUUGGGAGGUGGUGGGAGACCCAUUGUGACCACAUUGAACAGAAGUGUAAAUGCAAAGAGUCUCCGAUGUGUCUCCGCUCCACCCACAACAACUACGUAAGCAGAAAUAAGUUGGUGGCUCCGACUGACAACAGUGCACAGAGGAGUCUGUACAAUAGCUCGACUUCACCUGCCGCUUACACUGUUGUUGGUAUGGCAGCACAUGGGAUGUGCCAUUAAUCUGUCGAUUAUUUUCUCGAUUAAUCAAGUAAUCGUUUGGUCCAUAAAAUGUCAGAAAACGUUAAAAAAUGUUGCUCCGUUUUUGUCAAAUCUGGAAAUGAUUUGUCUUCUUUUGCCCACAAACCAAAAUGAUUCAAUUUUAAUGAUUUCUUUGUUAUAUGGAGCAACAAAAUUAAGAAAAUAUGCACAUUGAAGAAACUGAAACAAUCAUAAAUCUUGUUUUAAUCAUGAAAAAAAACUUCAAACCGAUUACAUGAUUAUCAAAAUAGUUGACGAUUCGUUUAGUAAUUGAUUAAUAAUCGAUUAAUGGAGUAAUUGUUUCAGCUCUACCGUGAUCGGGUAGCAAUCAGAUCCAUCUUAAUGCUGUAUACACACAAACACUCCCUCAGUCAGGUCCAAUAGCAUUGCUUGACACAAGUAGUGUUGUAUUGUGUCUGUUCAUGAUGAUCAACAAUUAUAACAUCAGCAACAGAAAUCACCACCAGGUAUGCAGAUUUAAUGUGCAUGAUCUUGUUUUGUAUCAAAGCAUGUUUGUUUUUUUUACUCACCCAGCUCUCAACCUUUUUGGUGUUGAAAAUUAAUUCUAGAGCAAAUCAACAUAAUGAUUCAAGCUAAACAUGGGGCACAUGGACAUGGAAACUGACUCUUUUUCUAAUGUUAUGCAAUUAAAAUCAGUGUCACUUUAUCUACAAUUCUAAGAGGAAACUCUGUCAUUUUUUGUUUUCUUAUCAUUAAACAGUAAAUCUGCUUUCAGACAUGCACAACACUCCGAGUUGAUUUCACAAGCAGCUCCCUCAUCUAAUCUCUGGAUAAUGUCCGACCGCGUGAGCUUGCACGAGAAUGCAGGAGGAGAAACUCCAGAUAAUCCACAGCGAGUGAAUGUGUCCUGCCUACUGCAUCUUUAAGUCAGGUUCCACCCCCUCACCGGGAUCAAGCAGAGAUUAUUCUGCUGUUGUGAACAUGUCUCACCCAGACAGUCACCUGCAGUGUUUGUCAUGAAUGAUCGUCAAACAUCAGAUAAUGUCACAUCACAAAUUAUGCCUGUCUUCCUGUUUACGGUGUUUGAUUUCCAGAUGGUGAUAAUUAAUGGAGACAAUAUGAUACUCACUAUUGGUCUGAUCACUGGAUCGGAUUUUGGGCAGAUAAAAAUGCAAAAUUUUAUUUAAAAAACCCUGUAUAUCUUAUGCUUCGCUAUGCACAGACUGUAAAAAUGUAAACAAAAAUCUGCAACAACAUUUUAGUCGAGUCAGGGCUGUUUAUUUUUUCUAUAUGGGAGAAGAACAUUUGUUACAUAGUUGGAGAAAUAUGUCUUUGCACAAAUGUGUUGUUAACAGCUCCAUAGUUUUAAAAGUCUACAAUGACUGUAUUGGACUGAUGUCCUUUCACACUGUCAACACUUAUAUUUUUAAGAAUACACAUUUAUUAUAAUGACAAUUGUAUUUUGAAUAAAAUACAUACAAUAAGGA